GUCAGACUUUGUUGGAGUAGGGUGGUUCUGUGAAAGAAGCGAGUGAAGUUAUUAUUUUCUUUUGGCUGUGCCCUCCUGAACAAGAAAUGAACAGCGAUCGGGUUAUUCAACGGUGGGAAGAUAGGUUACAGGAUGGCUCGAUGACACCGGACGUGAUAGUUCGUUAUAUACAAAAUAUUGUGACAUCGGCAGCAGAGCCAAAACCGGAUGAUGCGGGCGCUCAGUUACCAGCACAGCAGCGUGAAGACGAGAACGCACAGGGUGGCAAUGUCUACUUGAUCGGCGACGUUGUGUUUAACGUAGCCGUCGUUAAGGCAGCUACCGUUUCCUUUAUGGAGCGUUUCAUCUGUGGCCCGCGUCCGGAAGAAUUCCUGGAACAAAUCAAACAGACCGACACCGUGUCGUCCGUGUGUGGACGCGUUUUUAAAAUCGGCGAACCAACUUAUAGUUGUCGUGAAUGCAGUAUGGAUCCAACAUGUGUACUGUGUUCCACAUGUUUCAAAAAGUCCGUGCAUCGUACACAUAAAUACAAAAUGGCCACUUCCGGUGGCGGAGGUUGCUGCGAUUGUGGUGAUGUGGAAGCUUGGAAAAAGUUUCCAUACUGUGAGGAACAUGCUAGCAUUUCCGAUGAUAAGGCACAAGGCGAACAACAGCAGGUGCCGUUAUCGGAGGACAAAAAGAAGCGCUGUUCGAUCGUGUUCCGUGCCAUACUGGACUACUGCAUGCAGACACUGCAAAUGCACGCCACCGGUAACCUUACCGAAUGUGAGGACGACGAACAUACGCACUGUACGAUUCUGUACAACGAUGAAACGCAUACAUUUGAACAGGUAAUUCUGACCUUAACAGCGAUAGUGAAAUGCGACCAUAAGCAAGCGAUCGAAUAUGUGACCAGUAUUGACCGUGAAGGGCGUGCAGUGGUUAAAUGCGCUUCGUUUGAGGUGUGCAAAAAGUUGAAGGAAAAUAUCGAAAUUAAAUCGAUGCGUACUUCCGGAUUGCAUAACCGAUCACAACCGUUGAAGGUGACAGUUAUGCAUCGCAACGAUGUCGCCUGUCAGCACUUGGCAAUGCAGAUGCUCUCAUGGUUUCAAGAGUUUCUGACAAAACACUCGUCGUUCCGGACCAUUUUUGCAGAGACGAUCACCAAACAGCAGGAGAUGUACAACCUAAAGUUCAUCCUUAGCAACGAUCAUAACUUGUGGAAGUCGGCACGCACUUCCUGGCACCGGUUGCUCAUUUCCGGCAUGCUGAUGGACUACGAUAACAAAAAGCAGCUAGCGAUAACGUUCACCAAACUGUACGCUUCGUUGAUGCAAGAUUUUAUCCGCGAUGAUCACUACCAUUCGUUUUCGAUCGUGUCGCUGAGCGUGCAGUUGUUCACUGUGCCGACGAUUGCUCACUAUCUGAUCGAAAAAGAAUCGGCUUUCUUUAAGCUGAUGCACACCUACUGCUCGGAGGCAAUCGACCAGUACGUGAAGAACCGACAGCUGGUGUUUGUCAAAAACACGUCCACGAUGAACGCUUUCAAACGUGCCGGUUACAUAUUGAUCGAUCUGAAGUAUCUGCUGAGCUUUAAGCCGAGCAAAUGGAUGAAUGAUUUGCGUACCGGGUUCCUACACGGUUUGCAGCAGCUGAUCCGCCUGCUCCGGUGUAUGCAGGGCAUGGAUGCGGCGACGCGCCAGGUAGGCCAACAUAUCGAGUACGAGCAGGAAUGGGAAACGGCUUUUACGCUGCACAUUAAACUAUCGCACCUGAUAACGCUCGUGCUGGAAUGGUGUGCGACCGAUCGCGUUGUGCUGCUCAAAGUUUUUCGCAUGGUAAUGACGGCCCUUAACGAUACCAAAUUCAUCGCCCAGGAAUCCGAUACAGUCGUACGCUGUGUGGCCAAUCAUAGUGCCACCUGUUUGACAUACGACGUGCUAUCCCGUCCGGUUUCUGUACAUCUGCCUUUGACGCGUUUCCUUGCCGGCCUCUACACAGUGUUCGAACGGCACAAUUUUACAUUCAGCACGUUGGCUCCCAGUUCGUCCGACUUUCCCACGCUCGAGCAGAUCAUCGAGCCGGUACUGUGCGCUCGCACCAUGAUGUCGCAGGUACACGCCGGCAUGUGGCGCCGGAACGGGUACGCAUUAAUCAAUCAGCUGUUUUUCUACCGGAACGUCAAGUGCCGGUAUGAGAUGCUCGAUCGCGAUAUCGUUAUCCUGCAGCUGGGCGCAUCACUGAUUGAGUCUAACGAGUACAUCAUCCAUGUGCUGAACAAAUACAAGCUGAUCGAAUGGCUGGAGAACGAUCUGCAGGAAAGACCGCGCAGUUCGGAGGCUACUGGUGGUGACGACGAUUACAUCCGUCAAACCGGUGUGCUGAUCGAGGAGUUUCUCGAGCUGCUUAUCGUGGUGAUCGGCGAACGUUACGUGCCCGGCGUCGGUGCUGUUACGGAAAGUGAUCGAAUUAAGAAGGAAAUUGUGCAGCAGCUUUGCAUCAAGUCCCACUCGCACUCGGAGCUGAGCCGUGCGUUGAACGAGGAUAAUUGCAGCGAAAUCAUGUUCGAGUCCGUGAUCGACGACGUUGCUGUGUUUGAGAAGCCGAACGCCGCGGAAAAGCGGGGCAUGUACGUACUCAAGCCGGAGUACUACACCUGGUACAAUCUAUACUUCUACCACUAUACCAAGGAAGACAAGUCGAAAUCUGAGGAACGGCAACGAAAACAGAAGAAGGAAAAGAACGAACUCGUGUGCUGUCCGCCACCCGCCCUACCAAAGCUGACCCUAAUGUUCAAUAAUAUUCCAAAUUUGCUACAUUGCGACGUGAUGCUGAAAAUUAUUAAUGUCAUAUUAAACCGUGCGCUGGAUUUAACCUCAAUGACCUUUACCGAAGGACAACUGCAACGCGUGUUGCACUUGAUAGGGUAUGCCAUUCAAGAGGAAGAGUCCGGACACUAUCCAUAUCUGCAAUUCUACGAACGAAGCCAAACCAUCAAGCUUCUGCCGCUGUUGGAAGAACUCGCCAAGAGUCCAAGGGUUGAAUCACUGCGGGAUCUGUUGCGUUGGACCAUUCAGAGCUACAAAGCUAUGGAGGCAAAACGUUUGAGCCUGAUUCAAGGCGAGAUUGAUCGUGCGGAAUCAAGUGGUAGUGGCUUAUCGUCGGUAGAUGCUGAUCGCCUGGAAAAGGAGGAGCGUGCAAAACUGGCCGCAAAAAGGCGUGCCCAGGUGAUGGCACAGAUGCAGAAGGCACAGCAAAUGUUCAUGACCACAAACCCGGAUAUGUUUACCGACGAGAGCGAGGAAAUGGCCGAGCCGAAGGAGGGUGAACCAGUUGUGGCAACCGAAAUGGAUUGGCAUUCGACAACCGCAAGCUUGGUAGCGCUCGGUCCGAAACGGACUCCAACACGGCCAGCCGAUACUGCCGCUUUGCAGUAUUCGUGCAUCCUCUGCUCGGAAAAGACCGUACUCGGCACGUACGAAUCGGUCAGCAUGGUGUACGCCGCGUUCGUACAGCGUUCGAGCGUGCUGUCGCGCUACACGCAGUCGGACGAAAGUGGCAUACUGAAGCUGAUCGAGACAGGAACCCAUCCAUCGCCGCAUCUUACCACCUGCGGCCAUGUGAUGCACUCAACCUGUUUCGAUAAAUAUUUCAACAAUGAGGUGAUUAAGGAAAAUCGUCGCCCGUACCGAAACCGUGCCCCGAUACUAUUUGACAUCGAGAAGAACGAAUUUCUGUGCCCGCUAUGCCGUUUCCUGAGCAAUUGCCUGUUGCCGCUGAUUCCACCGCACGAAACAAUCACCAGCAGCGCUAAGGCGCGGGUGGACGCCGCGGUAAAAGCGGCCGGUUUCAACGAGAUACCGGAGGAGCCGGUGACCCAUCCGAACAAGUUUACUUUCUCGCUCUGGUACCCGUUCAUGUUUGAGUUCACGCUCAACGCGCUGAGCCGCAUCGAACAGAAUGAAUAUGCUAGCGCCCUGUUGACCCAGAUGCUCCUUCAUGACCCACGAGAUGGCCCACUCGUCAUGCACUUCAACGAACCGGAACAUCAACCGAUGAGCAUUGACCUCGUAGCACCCGUUUAUCACCCCGAAGAGCCGGUGGCGAACCAAGUGGAGCAGGGACAGCAAACCACACCACCUCCCGAGCAAUCGGGCGAUGAACAACCCGAACAGCAGCAGCAGCAGCAGCAGCAACAGCAGUCAGACGACGAACAAGCCGCAGACGACGAACAAGCCGCAGACGAAGAGCAGACGGAUGAUGAUUCGCCCGAUGAUGAGUUCCUCAACAUAUCCUCGACGGAUGGGGAUGAGGAUGUGGAAGUCAACUAUAGUGAUGAGGAGACGGACUGGAAUACGGUACCGUCGGGGCUCCUGACCACACUGGUGUUGAGAGACGUGGAAUCGAAGUACGGUAUCCGUUUGCGCUACUAUGGCACACGGCGUGAUCCGCCGUUGGUCGGUCGGCUGUUCGAUCGCCCCAUCAAAGACGCGCUGCUAAACUUUGCUAAGAACGUGCGCAGCUUCACAACCGUACCGUACAAGGCGAAACGAUUCGCCGAGUGUUUCGCACCCUGGGUGACCCUUUCGUACACGAUUAAAUCGAUCGAAAUGCAGUUGCGCGUACUGCAGCGUCCGCUGGGCAGUGAACUGUCCAUCCGCUACUCCACCUGUCUAAGCGGGCUUGUACGAGCGGCCUGUGCGAUGGGUCCGCUGGUACCGACGGUUCUCGUACAAAAUCGAAUUGCGGUGUUCAUGGCGGACAUAUACGAGACACUGUUCGGGCACAAACCAUCACAGUCCUUCUUCGAUUGGGACCUGUUCGGGCUGCUCAACACGUGCCUGUUUACGACACGCUCCGUCCUCUACAGCUUUUUGCGCAGGGAGCGCAUCCCCAAGGGUGACGCGCUGGAUCAUUCGAUCGUGUUGGCCAUCUUUAUGGUGAACAUGCUGCGCUCCAUCAUCACGUCGGUAAGCGGCAUUGAUCCGCCGAUGGUAUUAGACGCGGAACAGCAGCCGAAAUGCGAUGCGCAGAACGUGGACAGCACGAUGAAGCUCACUGGUGCCGAGCGUAAUUUACUAGUGCUGUUUCAGCAGUACAAUAUCCAUCAGCCGCACCCAGAUGAGAAUGUUACGAACACGGCGAACAUCGUUCUCCGCGGCACGGUCGCGGAACAGAAGCGGCUCUGUCAGCAGCUGAUAAGCGACAUUAAGACGCAAAGCUACACGCUGCUGCGGUGCUGCUGCCUGCUGUUUCACGGUAUCACCGAUAUCGAGAUGCCCCAGUGUAUCGAUGUGCCGGAGCACGAUUACCAUCCGAUGAUGACGUAUCUCGAUCUGCAGGAAGAUCCGCUCGUCUAUCUCGGCCCCGGUCAGCAUACGUACGACCUGAUCGAUCGGUUGGCAUUCUGCAACUCGGAUCAAAUCAAUCGCAUGCGCUACGCGCGCCAGGCCCAGCUGCUCGGUGAACCGAGAGCGCUCUUCCAGUCCGCACCGCCGGUCCGCCGGCUCAUCGAUCUGCCGGAAGAUUAUAGCGAUCUGAUCAACAGUGUGUCGCUGUUUACCUGUCCGAACAACAUCCGGGACGAUUCGCGCAACCCGACCAUGUGUCUGGUCUGUGGUGUCAUACUCUGUUCGCAGUCGUUCUGCUGCCAGAAGGAGUUGGAAAACAGCUCGGUCGGUUCGUGCACGUACCACACGGCGGAGUGUGGUGCCGGCAUCGGGAUCUUUCUGCGCAUACGGGAUGCAGAAAUACUGCUGCUCGGCAUCAACAAGGGUUGCUUUAUUCCGGCACCGUACGUCGAUGAGUACGGUGAAACGGAUCAGGGGCUGCGCCGUGGUAAUCCGCUCCGACUGUGCAAGGAACGCUACCAGAAGGUGUAUCUGAUCUGGCUCAAGCACGAUCUGCACGAGGAAAUUACGCGGCGUAACGAAGCCCAGCAAACAAUAUUUGCAACCCAGUGGCAGAACCUUUAAAAGGACGAAGCAACGAGCGCGGCGACAGGAGAGAAAUGGGGGAGAGAUGGGGCGAUAAACUUAUUUUUUACUUCAAUAUUAUUUCGGUUCUCUGGUCCAAAUCGAUGCACGCGAAGUGUGAAGAAUUUGACAGUAUAUGUGUAUGUGUCCUCUGGAGCGGCUCAUCUAUUUUGGACGAACCAGAAGCAGCCAUGUGGGGUCGCGGUGUUAUUUGAUGAACGCACACUUUUCGGGGCAGGAUUUGGUUGAGUUCAGUGAUGAACCCAAGGUUGUGUAACACCCCGUAAUAUGUGUGUUUGCGUGUUUUUAUGUACAUUUACAUGUAUAUAUUUUACUAAUCGCGGAAACGAAACACGGCGAAAAUGGGGCUUCUACCUAAAGAAUGCGGUCAUCAUCGUAUGACGAAGCAAGAGAGAAGAACUAUUAGCUUAUUCAUAUAUUAAAAAUAUAUAUAUUCGAAGACACAGAGGUUAGAGGGCAGCAGGAGCAGAAGGAAAUGGGUUAAAACUCCCUAGCGGAGAGCUAUGGUUAUGGAGGAGACAAGUUUAGGGCAGGAUUCAAAAUUCUCUUUGAAUUUGUGUGGAAUAACGGGGAAGCAAUGGUCUUAGCAAGCGAAAACAGGAAAACAUCCGGAAUGUAAGAUACGAAAAAGAAAAGACCGAGAAAUGGUUUUUUUUAUUUUUCGAAAAUAGCUCUGCAGAAUGGCAAAAGAAAAUGGAACUAAAAAGGGAUGGAAAGAGAUU